CAAAGGGACCCGUGAACCUCCCCCGCCAGCCCCCGAGCGCGCCGGGGCAAGCAGGCCACAUCUGGAAUUCAUUGCAGCAGCAGCCGGAAAGGGGAGAAGAGGAGGGCGGGGCGAGCGGGGGACCGAGGCGGCGCCUCUCCCCGCCCCCACUGCGUACCGGGUCCCCAGCCCCGGGACGCUGCCGAGUCCGGCGGGCAGCCCCAGCCCUAGCCGCGGCCGUCCCGGGGACGCAGACGCCAAAGCCCUUCCGGUCAGGGCAGACACCCGGGCCAGCCUAGCCAGGACGGACGCCCCUUGGUCCAGGGGGAGCAGCUGCCUGUGUCAGGCUGGAGGACAGAGAUGGCUGAACGACCCCGGAAGCCCCCCAUCACUCCCGGGCUCACCAGGAACCGGCCUAACCAGCCUUUUCUGGAACGUGGCUCUUGGCACACACAUGGUCCUUGCCAGGCGGGUUUCCAGGGACCUGGGGAGGGCUCUUCCUGUGGUCCCCCUCCCCCAUUUAGCUUAUUGCUGGAGCUUCCUCCCAGCUCCCCUCCUGAAAGGCAGACACUGCACUCCUGAGACCACCCCCUCCAAGCUGGAGGGAGGCCAUGAUGUAGGCCUCUCGUCCUCUCUGCCCACGCACCUCUUCCCGCCCCCUCCCCCUCCGGCUCAGUUUUCCUUGAGAGGGGGGUGAGUCAGGCUUUAAUGAAAAUAAAUAUUGUCCCCCCUCCCUGUGGGGCUGCACACCCCCUCACAGCUCACAUGAUUUCAGCGCAGCUGCCCCAUCCUCCCAGCCAGGACCUCCUAGACCUCCCAGAUGGGUCUCCUGUGACUCCCCCAUUUCAUAAUCCCCUCCUAGCCUUCCCCACACCGGAUGUGACUGGGGAACAAGGACUCCACCCUGUUUGUUCCAGGGGCCUCACAUCUGGAUUUCAUCCUGGUUGGGGAGGGAGGUGCCAGUGCCCUACCCACUCUGCUGGGACCCUCUGUCCAAGGGCAGGCCUAGAUGGUGCUGAUGAGAACAGGCUGUUGGGAAUCUUGCCUGGGUCAGUCAACAUCCCCUCCCAAAAGACUGGGCACCUAGUCCCGAGCAGUGUGUGGCAGUAAGAGGGGAGCUCUGACAGCCCCAUGGCCCAGGCCGGCCACUGAGCCCCACCAUGGGCAGCCUAUACUCGGAGUACCUAAACCCCACCAAGGUUCAGGAGCACUAUAAUUAUACCAAGGAGACGCUGGACACGCAGGAGACACCCUCCCGCCAGGUGGCCUCGGCCCUCAUCAUCAUCCUAUGCUGUGCCAUCGUGGUGGAGAACCUGCUGGUGCUCAUCGCAGUUGCCCGCAACAGCAAGUUCCACUCGGCCAUGUACCUGUUCCUGGGCAAUCUGGCUGCCUCAGACCUGCUGGCAGGUGUGGCCUUCAUAGCCAAUACCUUGCUCUCAGGCUCUGUCACAUUAAGGCUGACACCUGUGCAGUGGUUUGCCCGUGAGGGCUCAGCCUUCAUCACGCUCUCUGCCUCUGUCUUCAGCCUCCUAGCCAUUGCCAUUGAGCGGCAUGUGGCCAUUGCCAAGGUCAAGCUGUAUGGCAGCGACAAGAGCUGCCGCAUGCUGUUGCUCAUCGCGGCCUCAUGGCUCAUCUCACUGACUCUUGGUGGCCUGCCCAUCCUCGGCUGGAACUGCCUGGGCAACCUCGAGGCCUGCUCCACUGUUCUGCCCCUCUACGCCAAGCACUACGUGCUCUGUGUGGUAACCAUCUUCUCUGUCAUCCUACUGGCCAUCGUAGCUCUGUACGUCCGCAUUUACUGUGUGGUCCGCUCCAGCCAGGCUGAUGUGGCUGGCCCGCAGACACUGGCCCUGCUGAAGACGGUCACCAUUGUGCUAGGUGUCUUCAUUGUCUGCUGGCUGCCUGCCUUUAGCAUCCUCCUCCUGGACUAUGCCUGUCCUGUGCACUCCUGCCCUAUCCUCUAUAAGGCCCAUUACUUCUUUGCCUUCGCCACCCUCAAUUCGCUGCUCAAUCCUGUCAUCUACACGUGGCGCAGCCGGGACCUGCGGCGGGAGGUACUGCGGCCACUGCAGUGUUGGCGGCGGGCAGCAGGGGUGCAAGGACGGCGAGGCGGGACCCCGGGCCACCGCCUCCUGCCCCUCCGCAGCUCUAGCUCACUGGAAAGGGGCACCCACAUGCCCACGUCACCCACGAUUCUGGAGGGCAACACAAUGGUUUGAGGGACGAGUGGGCUGACAACCAGGCCACGGCAGAGGGCUCCGUGGAGAGGCGCCAGGUGACCUUGGACAGAGAUGCAAGGCUCCUAAGCAAGAGGGCCCACUCCACAGACCUGGGUGAUAUUGAAAAUAUUUCACGUCUGGGAUGGCUGGCUAAGGCACCGACCAGUCAGAUGGCAGAGCUGCAGCAGGGUCCUGGAGGCCAGUGCAGUGUGACUUGUGUGACUCCUUUAGAACUGGAUCAUGGGGAGUCUGGGGGACCUGGAAAGGGCCUGGGUGACAGCAGGCAGGCACUCAAGAGGAGCUCAGGGCAGGAGCAAUUUACAACCUGGUACCAAGGAUUUCAUUUCACAACUGUCCGACCGUCCACCCUGUGCCAAACUCCCCUCUCUGAAUUUAACCUGCUUGUCACCUUUUCCUGGCAACCUCAGUCCACUUCCCUGGAACCACUGUCCUCAGGAGCUGGAAGCCUCCUCCCUGACCGUUUGAGCAGUUGUAGCUAAUAGUUCUCUGGACCCAAAUCCAGAGCUUCCCCAAAUUUUAUCAGCUGCCACUUUGGCUAUUUCUUCCCUUUUCUCUUACUCCACAAGAUACCAGAAACCACGGGGUGAAUGGAGGGGUGGGGGUGGGGGGGUUGCGCUGAAUGUCAUUCUCAGACCUCAUUGGCCAAUUGCACUAUUUGGGGUGCAGAGGAAUCACCAAGGGCUAGAAAAACCAGUCUGGGGUGCUGAGGAGGGCUCUGGGUUUCUCUGGCACAGGGAAGAACUUGAGAAAGUUCUGGGGGAGCUGUUAGUCCAGGAUGUUCCCACCCACCAAAAACAACCACCCCCAAGUUAUACUCACCUCCAGCCCCAGCCAAGGUACCAGAUAUCCUAAGGCAGGGCAACCUUGAGCCCUCUGUGCCUCCUUUCAAGUUGAAUUGAACGGAGCAGAUGGUGGGGGUGCUGAGAACAUUUGUAGGGGUCUUUUCCCUAACCUGCCCCAGAAGGACUUUGCUAAAUCCUGUGGAUAUAUGGAAGGGUCAUUGCGGUACAAGUGUAUAUUUAUGUGUGUCUGUGUGUGUCUGAGUGUGCACAUGUGUGGUGCCUGUGACUCCCUGUUCUUACCACUUUUCCCCAGAAUGGAUGUUACCCUGUCUCCUCAUGUCUAUGUUGAAGCUGCCAAAGGGGGGGUCCAGUCCCCCACAGAUCCCUUUGUAAUCUCUGUCUCAUCUCCCCACUUGAGAGCUGGGCUGCAGCUCACCUCGUGGAAAGAAACCUCACGCCUCAAAAUGAUUUCUUGUGAAUGCAAAGGCUGGGGGGUGGUAUCUGGGGGGCAAGUAGCCAGCUGGGGGCUUCUCUCCCCUCAUUUGGCUCCCCAGAUAACCCCCUCCCAUCCUGAGACCAGGCCCAUGCCAAUAAACAGUUUAAUUUCUCUUUCUGA